AUGUUAGGAGAUGUGUAUGGAAUUAAUGGACGUGCACAUAUAACUCUGGAAUGCAAUGGAUACACUGGUUUGUUGAUAGCGAUCCAUGAACAGGUUCCAGAAGAUUUGGAAAUCUUAGAACGGCUUCGGGUAAUAUUCACAGAUGCCUCUAAAUUUCUGUACGAGGCCAGUCGCCACUACGCAUAUUUCCACGACGUCACCAUCCUCGUUCCAGAAACAUGGAGUGACGACCCGGCUUACGAGCGUGCUACGUGGGAGACGUACGACAUCGCCAAUGUAUUAGUGGACGAGGAGAAUCCCGAAUGGUGGCACAAUCCAUACACUAAACAAACUCUUCCCUGUGGAAAACCUGGAGAGUAUAUCCAUAUCACACCAAAGUGGAUUACUGAUGUCGAUUUCAGUACAUACUUGUGGGGAGACUCAGGCAAAGUUAUCAUUCACGAAUGGGGCCAUCUCAGAUGGGGUCUAUUCGAUGAGUACCCAACCUCCCCAGAAGAAAACUUCUAUUUUGACGAAAAUGGACGAACAGAACCGACCCGGUGUUCGGAAUCUGUUACCGGUGUGUCACUUGAUAGCAGCAAAGGAUGGACAAAAUGUAACACAGAUCCUGAUUCCGGUGUGCUGCCUGAACCAACAUGCCUGUUUUAUCCAUUUUUGGAAGAUAACCCAGCAACGGCAUCCUAUUUAUAUGCGCAAUACCUAGAAGGGGUGGUUGGAUUCUGUCACGACGAUCCCGACAAAGAUCCGGAUGCCAGACACAACCGACUCGCAAACAACCAACAAAACAAGCAAUGCGGUCAUAGGAGCUGUUGGGAGGUCAUGCGGGAGCACACAGACUUCGUUGAUAGUACGCCUACAAAUAUCGUUGAUACAUUACCCUUUUUUAAAGUGGUCAUAGAACGUCAUAUACGAUCAGUACUGGUGAUGGAUGUAUCUGGCAGCAUGUUUACAGAUGACAGAAUACAUCUGUUGGUGCAGGCUGCAACGCGAUAUAUUCGUUAUACGUUACCCCUGGGUAGUUGGUUGGGUAUGGUGGAAUUCAGUACAUCGUCGAGGAUUACGUUACCCUUGACUCAGAUAACCGAUGAUCAAGUGAGAGAAGAUCUCAUAGAUAUGCUGCCUAAAAUCGUUAAUGGUCAUACGUGCAUUGGGUGUGCAUUACUUGACGGUAUAGAGGUUCUCGAUCGCAGUACAGAGGGAACAGAAGGGGGAAGACUGUUUCUUAUCACAGAUGGCUUGGAAAAUUACGAACCAUUCAUUAAUGACGUCAUUGGUGGCGUCAUCAAAAGUGGGGUUGUGGUGGACACAUUAGCUCUUAGUGACGAAGCAGACCCUCAACUGACAAUGCUGUCACAGGUUACGGGUGGGAGGUCAUACUAUUACUCUGAAUCAGAAAUCUCAACGGCCUUGCAUGAUGCGUUUAUUUCCAGCGUUGUCGACAAGACACCAAGUAGCAGUCGGACGCCGGUGCAAAUCGGCGCCUGGACAUAUAAAAUCAUGAACGACGACUCGCAGGCUAGACUGGUGGAAAUUGCAGUAGAGUCGAAAUCUUCAGAGAAAGAAGAGAUCCCAAUGAAACUGACGUGCACUGUUGACUCGCCACUUGUUGUUGAAACCCCGCCUUAUACUGCUAUAUAUGCUGAGUUACGUAAGGGUCACUCGGCGGUGAUCAACGCCAAAGUGGUGGCCAAUGUUGAACGACCGGGGAGUAAUAGCGAUGUCAAAUUGCGUUUAUUUGACAAUGGAGGAGGUGCCGACAUUACUAGCGACGAUGGCGUUUACUCGGCGUAUUUUCUGGACUUUGUAAAUACCGAAGACUGCAUCACGGCGUGCAGAUACAAUGUUAAAGUAGAAUCCAUCGACACAGAGGGAAGAACCGGUGUCCAGAAAUUCAGUUUAGGAAGCGGCGCUCUACCAACUAAUUACAGCGUUAUACCCUCUAGAUCUAACACACUUACACACGUGGGCGAUUUUGACCGUACAUCUUCCGGUGGAGUGAUACAGUUAGCUGAUAGUAUUAUUAUUGAUGACGACUAUCUUGCGGCGGACAACUUCCCACCAUCUAGAAUCGUGGAUCUGGGAAUUAAAGAAUUGAAUUUACCAGACAAUGUGCAGUUGAAGUGGACUGCGACAGGGGAUGAUCUAGAUCAAGGAAAAGCGUCACGUUAUGACCUUCGAUUCAGCACGUCUUUCUCGGAAUUGUUCUCAUUCUUCUACCAAUGUUCGCGAAUAAACGAUUCAAUGUUAACAGAAGGAACGCUGUUAUCUCCGCGUAAAGCGGGUUUCCCUGAGAGCGUCACGGUGUCAAUAACAACGAGCGACAGCGCAGUCUAUUACUUCGCAAUUAUUGCCGUUGAUGACGCGGGUAGAAGUGGCAACAUUUCGAACAUAGUAUCCGUUUCGUCCACAAUGAUAGCAGGUACGAACCAGAAGCUCAGUCCCAUGGCUAGAUCUGCAAGGAAUGUAUAUGAUAUUACUACGGAACCUGUUAACGCUGGAAUCGGUGGAAUAGUGGUCGCUUGUAUAAGUGUAUUGAGCAUUGUCAUCGUCACCGUCAUCAGUAUUGUGCUUUACAUUCUUCCUAGAAGAUUAAAAGUGGUUAAAGACAAGUUGUUAGCGCCAGGAAAUGAAGCCAUACGAUAUAUUAACCCGGCUUAA